ACUCACGAGGAAAAGAAAAGAAAAAAAGAAGUCACUUGAACCUGUUUUUCUAUACAGAAACAACUCCUCUAAGCCUGUAAAAGUAUCCAUCCUGCAACCCUGUCCCUUUCCAACUGCACGGCUUCGCUGACCCCGCGGACAGGCUCAACUUGAAAGCGUUCUUCCCAGACUCUCGCUGCAGACGCCGGCGGGAGCUUCGGGCACUUCUGCAGGAGGAGCAGCCCGCUCGCUCCGGGCCCAUCCGCACACCGCUCCGCGGCCCUCACUUCAGGAGCAAAUGCCAGCAUGACUGGGAUCUGAGGAGGCAUCUCCGUGUUCUUACCAGAAGUUUGUGGCUCCAGAGGAGGGGUGCAAGGACAGCAGGAACAUUUUGAGCUAAAAUGGAUAUUCCCACUGAUUUGGUGCCAUCCUCCAUGAUGUCACAGCCUGAGGUGAUCGAGUCCACAGCCAUGAGUGAACCACAGUGCUACUACAAUGAAACCAUUGCCUUCUUUUAUAACCGGAGUGGAAAAUAUCUAGCCACUGAAUGGAACACUGUCAGCAAGCUCGUAAUGGGCUUGGGGAUUACCGUCUGCAUCUUCAUCAUGCUAGCCAACCUCUUGGUUAUGGUGGCUAUUUAUGUCAACCGCCGAUUCCACUUUCCUAUUUAUUACUUAAUGGCCAACUUAGCCGCCGCAGACUUUUUUGCAGGGCUGGCCUACUUUUACUUAAUGUUCAACACGGGACCUAAUACUAGAAGACUGACUGUAAGCACCUGGCUUCUCCGUCAGGGUCUCAUUGACACUAGCCUGACAGCCUCUGUGGCCAAUCUGCUGGCCAUCGCCAUCGAGCGGCACAUUACAGUCUUUCGCAUGCAGCUGCAUACUCGGAUGAGCAACCGGCGAGUGGUGGUGGUAAUUGUUGUUAUCUGGACUAUGGCCAUCGUAAUGGGUGCCAUACCAAGUGUCGGAUGGAACUGUAUUUGUGAUAUCACUCACUGCUCCAACAUGGCACCGCUCUAUAGUGACUCCUACCUGGUCUUCUGGGCUAUUUUCAACCUGGUCACUUUUGUGGUCAUGGUGGUCUUAUACGCUCAUAUCUUUGGGUAUGUCCGCCAAAGGACUAUGAGAAUGUCCAGACACAGUUCUGGACCUCGCAGGAAUCGGGACACCAUGAUGAGCCUCCUGAAGACUGUGGUCAUUGUGCUUGGUGCUUUCAUAAUCUGCUGGACCCCAGGACUAGUCUUGCUUCUCCUUGAUGUGUGCUGCCCACAGUGCAACGUCUUGGCCUACGAGAAGUUCUUCCUUCUCCUCGCAGAGUUCAACUCCGCCAUGAACCCCAUCAUCUACUCCUACCGGGACAAGGAGAUGAGCGCGACCUUCAAGCAGAUCCUCUGCUGCCAGCGCAGCGAGAGCGCCAACGGCCCCACCGAAGGCUCCGACCGCUCGGCCUCCUCGCUCAACCACACCAUCCUGGCCGGCGUCCACAGCAACGACCACUCGGUGGUGUAAAGGCCCCGCUGGCCCCCCCACCGACGGAGCUGCCGCAGGGAGGUAACCCACUCACAAGAUCUUCUCAAACACUAAUGGACCUCAAGCGCUUCUUUUCCAGGAGCCCAGUGCGGCGC